GCAUAGUGUAUACUGAAACGUGAACAGAUCGUUCAAUUAUUUUUUAUUCUCCGCUUCACUGUACUCGAAUAGUUUUAAUGAUCAUGAAUAUCGUAAGAAGUAUGACAAUGAUUUUUUUAAUCAUCAAAACUUCUAGGUGUAACGAGGGAGCACACAUGGAAAUAAAACCUGUAGGAAAGGCUAUACUCGAUGUGGACGCAGGUUCGGAUGAUUCGAUUGCGAUGAUUAUGGCCCUGGAGUCGGAAAGGCUCAAAGAAGGUAUAAAAGUAUUGGCAAUCACGUGCGUACACGGGAAUACUUGGCUCGACAACGUUUACAUCAACGUGCUCAAGACGCUCAAGGUCCUCGACAGACUUGACAUUCCCGUCUACAAAGGUACCAGAUACCCUUUGAUUGUGCCAAACCAGACCGAUAACUACUUUGGAAAUGAUGGAUUUGGAGACUUUGACUAUCCGAAUCCACCAUCGACGGAUAAAAUUAGAAAAAAACAUGCUGUCAACGCUCUUAUCGAUAUCGUGAAUAAACACCCAGGCAAAGUAACAAUUGUGGCAUUGGGACCGUUAACGAAUAUUGCAAUGGCGAUAAGGAUUGACCCCCACUUUCUCAACAAAGUACAACAGUUGAUAAUCAUGGGGGGAAGUACUAGAGGUCGAGGGAAUGCAGGACCAGGUAUCGAGUUCAAUUUUAGAGGUGACCCCCAUGCAAACCGCAUUGUGUUAAACGAAUCAGUUGAAAAUCCGGCCAUUUUGGUCCCGGUGGAAACGGUUGACACAAUCCCCGUUCCUAUGGCUUUUAGAAUUGGACUUAAUAAAUUUAGAAACAAAAAAGUUUGGCUAAUUAACAACGCAGAGAGCGUCAGUUUGAAACCUGAUGAAGACUUUUGGUACUGUGCUGACGGUGCGGCUAUAGCGGUAGCGUUGACCUCCGGAAGAAUAGUUGUUAAAUCUGAUUACUUUUAUUCAAUCGGUGUUCACGAUGGUGAGACUGCCGGCAUGGUUGUUGUUGACUACACGAAUAUAACACGAAAAAAACCGAACACACAUUUAAUACAAUGUUUGGACAAGAAUCUAUGGAAAGAACUACUGGUAAGAAGCGAUUAUAUAAUUAUCAUGCUUCCAUCUAGACCACCGAAUCAAUCGUCAAGCUUCAAUUCUGAAAAGAUCUUUCGGUCGAUGACAAUGAGAAUCGGCAUCACAACGGCGAUUGGAGUCGGCGUGGGAAUCGCCAUAGUUUCCUUUUUAAUUGUCUACGGAAACGCAGAACCUGUAACGACUAUAACGAACGUUGGAAAACUUUUGAUCGAUACCGAUGCUGGUGCGGACGAUGCGGUUGCAAUACUAUUGGCUAUGGAAGCGAAAAAAAUAUCGAGUAAUGCAAUUGUUGUUGGGAUAACAUGUGUUAACGGUAACACGUACGUCGACAACGUGGUUCUUAACGUCCUGAAGACGUUGAAGGUCGUCGACAGACUCGAUAUUCCAGUCUACAGAGGUGCGGAUAAGCCAUUAUUAACUAAUGACGAGAAAACUAACUAUUUUGGUAAAGAUGGCUUUGGAGAUUUUGAUUAUCCAGAUCCACCGUCGACUGACUUAGCACGGGAUAUUCACGCGGUGAAUGCCAUGGUUGAUAUAGUUAAACAGAACCCAGGUGAAGUGACGCUGCUGGCUUUAGGACCGUUGACGAACAUCGCUCUAGCAAUAAAACUGCAUCCCUUAUUCGUUGAUGAUCUCAAGCAGUUGAUUAUCCUCGGGGGAAGCGCCGAGGGUGCUGGAUCUCUGAGACCAGGCAUAGAAUUUAACUUCGGUAUUGACCCUGCCGCCAAUUACAUCGUGUUAAAUGCUUCGGUCUCUAAACCCGCCAUUUUGUUACCAUCAGAAGCAGCUAAUCGAGCCAGAACGACAAUGGCUUUCAGGAGAUCGUUGAAUGCCUCCAAUCCAAAGGUGUGGCUAAUUAACUCAGCUGAGUCUAGGUAUUUGGAUCCAGAAGAUGAGUUUUGGUACUGUGCCGAUGCAGUGGCUGCUGCUGUGGCACUCACUUCUGGUAAAAUAGUAAAAAGCUCAGGCCAGUUUUACUUGGACGCCGUAUACGAAGGCUCGAUUACUGCUGGCAUGAUUGUAAUCGACCGUACUAACAUCACUCUCAGAGCUCCAAACACCAAUCUUAUCCAUGACAUUGACGUCGAGGCAUACAAAACAAUUCUAAAGACGAUAUUCAGCUAACAAUGAAUAACGAACAUCUAAUUUUAUGUAGUAAGAACCUAAUUUAUACGUGUUUUAUUGAAAUAGCUCAAGUGUUUUCUUCUGUUGCAAUUUGUACAUAUGAAGGAUCACCUUUCCAUGGACGUAUCACACCAUCAGGACCAAGCACAAAUAAGUUAUUCUGUACGUCUUGUUGAUAAUCACUGACCAAAGUUUCGGCAGGCACAGUAGCUUCUGCGACCGCCUUUACCCUUGUCUCAGCCUGAAGCAACUUAUUUUGCAAAUAUUCCAAUUGUUGUUUCUUUUCUUGCAGCUACAAUGACCAAAAAAAAACAAUAAAGUGAAACUUUGUUAUAAA